AUGCUGAUAAUUUCCUCAGAGAUUGUAGGACAACAGAAAAAUGGACAGUUCAAGUUAUCAAUUAAAUUAACUGUCAUCUUUGUAGUUGAUACAUAUUUUGGAAAACUCACAAAAUCCUGUAGUACCCAAAGCAUCCCACCAAUGUUAUCUCCAGUUGCUCUGGGCAGCACCCACUUGGCCAGCGAGUUUGGAAACCUGAGGGAAUUCUGGGGCAUAGCUCUGGUGUUCACAGUUUACAGGGGAAAGGAUUUUAGUGCAGCUGCACAUUUAGGUGUAAAAGCAAGAAAAUCAAAAUUAUGUUGUUGCAAUAUAAAAUUGUGUGAAAAUCACAGAAACAAUCACCCACAAUGUCCUGCCCAAGAAAAAAACCCACAGACCAGCAGCCCACAAGACAAUACAAAGGAUGGGAGCAGCUUCCAUUACUUUCAAGGGAGAUUUGAGCUCUCUGGGAAGAGCAGACAGUAUCCAGCAGAUGCCUUGGAGCCCCAACCUGGUAUUGGAGAUUUUAAGGACAUUGAAAAAGCAGCAAAGUCUAUGCUAGACCCAGCACACAGAUCUCAUUUUCACCUUGUAACCCCAAGCUUAGUAUUUUUGUGUUCUAUACUCGAUGGAUUACACAAGGCACUACUCAGUGUCGGUGUGAGCAAAAGGUCUAAUAUUGUGAUUGGGAAUGAGAACAAGGAAACAGGUACUCUCUAUGCUAGCAAAUUCAAAGAUGUUUUGCCUACCUUCACUGCCCUUGAGAUGUCAUCAAUUCUCUGUCACUGCUGUGAUCUCCUGAUAGGCAUUGCUGCCGGAUCGAGUGACCCGAUAUGCACCAACAGCCUCCAAGUACAGAGACAAUUCAAGGCAAUGAUGAUAUCCAUUGGAAGACCUUUGCAUAGUGAAUGUGCUGAUUUAUUAAUUAGCUAAAAUGCAGGGCCAGCUAUAGAUUGGAUCAACUCAAGACCAUGGGUUGGAGGAUUAAUGUUCACAUUUCUAUUCAGAGAAUUUGAAUCCCCUGCACUCGAGCUACUUGAUCAAGUUAAAGUAGUUGCCAACAAAGCACAGAUGACAACCUACUACACUGUGAGAAUGUUCCUGGAUCAGUGCGUGGAUGGUUCCAUUGUUUUACCCGCUGUUGUGUCUGAGAUUCCAGUUUUUGAGCAGAAGAAAGCACUGGUUAAAAAGGCACUUGGAGAUUUCUUUGAAUUUGGGGGUAUACUUUGCCACCCUGUUAUUGGGGAGCUAUCACCACGAAUAUUCCCAAACUUAGCAACAGCAGCAAACUACUGGGCCAAAAGAAGGAAUCCCACAUUUUCUGGAAAGCCCUCGACUUUUAUACCAGGAUCAACUAUUACAUUCACUCUACUUCAAAUGGCAUCGGCUGGGAAAAUCUCCAGAGGAAGUGACAUAGAUCCAUAUACUACACUUAACAUCCUUUGUGGUUAUGGGAUUUCGGAAUUUGAAUAA